AAUGUUCAGACCUGCGGCUGAGAUCUGAUAUAUGGAGGACGAUAAUAUUCGUUUCUAGUAUAUAUUCUUGAAAAAUAUAGCAAAGGCUGAUAUCCUGGUUGAGGACUUGCUUUCAAAGGCCUUCAAAAUGAUGGAUGCUGGAGAUUUCAGUUUUAGUUUCAAAUGUGACUGGUGUGACUUCUCAACCAAAAACAUUCUUGAGAUCAAAGGCCAUGUAGACAGUCAUAAGAAGAUAGUAGAUGUCAUGCAAGAUGAAUCAGACACAGAUGAAGUAUCUGUUGAAAAUGCUUUAACUGAAAAGAGAAAAGGCAGCAAAUCAAACAUGCAAGCUAAAGUUGAAGAGGAAGAUGGUGAAGUGGCAGAUGAUGAGGAAGAUGAUGAGGAAGAUGAAGAAGAAGAAGAAGAAGAAGAGGAGGAGGAUGUAUCAUCAGAUGAAGGCACUAAUAGGGAGAAAGAUGAUAAUGAUGCACAAAAUUCUGACAAGGAAUAUAGUGAAGAAGAGGAAGAUGAAGAAGAUUGCAAUGAGGAAACUUAUUCCAGGCCACAAUGCUCCACAUCAGAACAUCUAACUGAUAAUAGUUUGGAAGUUUCUUUUGGCAACCAAGAUGAGAACCUGCAAAAAAAAGCUAGAAGAAAGCCUCCUAUUCCAAAGAAAGCAAUCAAAGAAGUUGUAGAGAUGACCAAUGAAGCAUGGGAGCAAGAGGAGCGUGAUUUAGCGGGAGAGGAUGAAUCAGCUGAGCCUGAAAUUCACAAUAAUGAUUCUGAUUAUGAACCUGGCAAUAUCCGUAUUACCAGAGCUGCACCGAUUGUUACACGAAGUAGGGAUGAACAAUUAAUGAUCCACCAGUUCACAGAAGGUCAGGAUGCUGAUGUUAUUGAAAAGCCAUGCAAAACAAAGUAUAUGUUGAAUAACCCAAAACAUAGUCAUAAAUGCAAAAUCUGCUCAUUUACAUGUAAAUUUAAAUCCAAUUUAAUUAAACACAAACGGUCACAUGAAAAAAAGAAUAGUGACAGUGGGCAAAAAUCUAGUGCAAGUAGAUCAAAUAAAAAGCCAACAGUUGCAGAAAACAGAUACAGAUGCAACCAGUGUGACUAUACAUGCAAGUUUAAAUACAGACUAAAAGAUCAUAAAGCUUCCCAGCAUAAAGUAGAUAAACCAUCUGAUGAAAAAAAAAAAAAAAUGUAUGUAUGUGAUAUAUGUGGACAUAUCGCUCUGAACAAAUAUAAAAUCAGCCGACAUAUCCGCAAGCAUACUGGUGAAAAACCAUUCAAGUGUGAAGAGUGUGCAAUGUGUUUUUCAGAGAGGGGAAAUCUUUUGAAGCAUCAGGGUAGACACACAUUAGAAAAAAACUUUCUUUGUGAGGAGUGUGGAAAGGCAUUCAAGAGAGAUAUUAAUCUAAGAAUGCAUCGCCGCAUCCACAAAACUGAGAAUCUGUAUGAAUGUGUAAACUGUGAUUAUAAAUGUGUCAGAAAAGAUAUGUUGGAAAGUCAUCGAGCAAGAAAGCAUUUGAAAAUGAAAGCAUUGCUGUGUGAUCACUGUGGUAAAGGAUUUUACACAAAACAGGAGUUGGAAUCUCAUCGACGCAACAAGCAUGCCCCAAGAAAUAUGCCACAUCGCUGCAUUCUAUGUGAUUUGUCAUUUAUUACUGAAUAUAAACUGAAGGCACACCUCAAAACCCAUCCAGAAUACAAACCAUUCAAAUGUGACUUCUGUGGUGUCUUGUUUCGGAAAUCUGCUUCUUUGAUUUAUCACCGUCGUGUUCACACUGGUGAAAAACCACUUCAAUGUGAACUUUGCACUUAUGUAACAUCUACACCUAGUAACAUGUACAAACACCGCAAAAGAGAACACGGUAUCACAAGAAGUGCACAACCUUCUGCCAAGAGAGGUAGAAAACGCAGUGGACAGAAUGCCUCACACUUAGAGAUCGGUGAUGUGAAAUUGGUAUUAGAGAUGCCAGCCCGCGUGCCUUUCCAAGUCGAUGCAACCAGUCCACCUGUAACUUCACAACCAGUUUCCACUAUGAGUACAGUGACAUCAUUACCAUCAUCAGAUACUGACAACGUCUAUGCAGACUAUCAUUACACUCAAGCUGCCAUUCAACAUCAUCAACCACAACACCCACAAUCACACUUACAACCACCACAAUCACAGAUUCAUCCUGGAACAUUGCAACCAAUCACUGACCCACAUGGAAUACCACACCCUUCAUCUCAAGAUGUGAUUGGUUCAUAUACUGUGCCACCUGUACACCAGGUGCAUCAACUGCUUUUCCACCAAUGAUAAUGUAAUAUAUACACAUUCUGACUGAAUGUUAUAUUUAUAAGUUAAUAGUAUUUAAAAUUCAUGAUUUCUAUCAAUAAUUGUACUAUCCAAUGAAUGAGUUUUUAUUCACCUUUCACUCAACAUGCUAUGCUAUAUACCGGUACAUGUAUAAUCAGUCUGGUAAAUCUACUCUAUUCGCAACAAAUAACAAACAUUAGUGUUUAUAGGUUUGUAUUCAUUUCUGUGUACAUAGCACUCCAAUUAGAGCAAAUGUAAACUUCAAUAGUUUUGGGUUUUAAAUUCAUGUCACUAUAGAAAUUUGUUUAUCACUUUUACAAGAAAUGAAUAAUGCAAUUUUGUGGCUAGAAUACAUGUACGUUUCACCUGAUUUCGUCUUUGCCUUUAUUAUUCAAAAAGUGACAAUCUAAUAUUAUUUCAAUGCCUGAUUAUUUAUAUUAACUUUUUAGCUCAUAUUACAGAUGUUGUCGGCAUCAAGUACGUUUUCACAUUCUUCUUAAAAGCUGUGUAUGGC